UCCAAAGGAAACCAACGUCUUUUGUAUUUUAGUGGAAAACUUAAGCAUAGAACAACCAAUACUUAUAAAAUGCCCGAUGAGGAAAUAGAAGAGGACUUUAAAGAAGAAAUGGAGACYGAAUCAGAUUUUUCAGACGAGGAAACACCGCGACCUGUAGCAUCCAAAAUGGGCCGGCGAGCUGCUUCGGUGGAGCGCCUGAAAGAAGAGACUCGUCUUGUUUUAUUAGACUUUUUAGCAACUUUGCCGGCUGAUAAAAUCACAGCUAAGCAGCUAACACAGUCAGAAAACCGUCCUGAACGUCUGCAAGAAGCCUUACGUGUUGCAAAAAGCAACAGCGAUGCGGCUGCAUACGAGUCUAACAGACUAAAAUUCCAACAAAUGGCUGUUCCUUUGAGGAGGAAGUUAUCGUUGAAUUUAAAAWGUGAGAUUGAGAAUUUCAACCCUCGAGUUGCUUUGAGAAGAAGAACUUUGGAAAGUCCUGUGCUGUCACCGGAAGGCCGUGUUGCAGCAAUGUUAGAGAAAAUCGGACAAGAAGUUAUGGACACAUAUCCACACUUACUAGACGAGCCACUAGAGUUGACUCGCUGUUGGAAUUUCACUGAAUUUACUUACGAACAGUUUGAAAAAGCUGCCAGAAAAGUGACUUUAGAUAGUGGCUUGGUUGGCUGGUCAAAAGUUGCAUUGUUGUGUUACUUUGCAAGGGAAAUUACACUUGAAUCACCAACAGAACUUACUGAUAAAGAUCUUGUAAAACUUGCUGAAUAUACUCUAAGAUUCAUUGAGGAAACAACAGGAGAAUGGAUUGAAACUCAAGGGGGAUGGGCUGGGCUAGAGGUUGAAGAGGAUGAGAUUCUAACAGCUGAAUCGCUUGCUUACAAAUACAGAGAGCAGGAAAAUACCAUUGAAUUGAAACGACUACGACAUGCUCGACAACAUCAUCGRAAAAGCAGAGAUAGCACUUCCUGGAAUAGCUGGACAAAAUAUGGACUGGCAGCCAUUGCCUUGGGCGUUGGUCUGUGUUACUCGCUUACUAGACAUUAGAAAUAUUUGGCUCAAAGGUGCAAAGCACAGUUCACUAUAUACAUCCUCUAUAGCCUGCAUAGUGGCUUUAGGGGAAGGGAAACGGGGAAAAAUACAGAACCCCCCUCUCCUUCCGUUUUCCCCCUUCACCCCUCCCCUAAAGCCAUUACACAGGCUACAUACUCUAGGAGGCCUGGGCGUUUUGGAGAUUUGUGUUUCCUGUGUUCAGAUGAUAAGUACUACAUUGAACUUCUAGUUAUGUUAUCAUCUGGAAUUGUGUUAAGGCUAUUGUGCAUUCAAGAACCUUAGGGUGAUUUUCUCAUAUGGAAAUUUGGCAUCUUUGAUUUUCAACCAAUCAGAAAGCAGCUUCCAUCAAGAGAUAAUUUGUAAAACAAAAGAAAUGGUUGCAAAAGGCUUUUGGUUCCAUGUGGUCCUUUAAAGACCAAAUUAGCAACACAACUUUUCUCUACAACCAUCGCAUGCGACCUGCAUAAGCCAUCCUUACAACAUGGCUACAACUGUUGUAGGGCUAUUAAGCAAUUGUAGGCAUGUUGUAAGGACGACUUGCACAGGCUGCCUUUGAUGGUUGUGGGCGAAAGUUUGCCAUCUAAUUUGGCCUUUAGAUAUGUCUUUGGUCUUGUCUACAGGGAUGCUUAUUUAUGUAGGUGAUGGCCCAAGUUACCAUGAACUAAACUUUAAUGGUCAGGCCAUAAUAUUUCAACAAAACAGUCAGUUGAAGUAAAAUUCUUUGAAUUAUUUAGAGAUGGUGGUAAAAUGAUUGUAAUUCACAGUCAAACAAAUGAACUAUUGUGAGAAUUUGAAAUUCUGCCUGUCAUGUUUUAUAUGAUACUUAUGACACAGAUCUAAUUUAUUGUAAAAUCCUAUUUAUUACACAAGUUACUAUCAAAUAUAUAUUAACAAAAUAAUGCAA